GUGGAAGUUGCCGAUCAAAGCUGGGCACUGGGUUGCCUGUUGCCUCGCGAGCUCAGUCGUCAGAAACUAGGGUUGCUUCUUUGUAAGGAGGAAAAGUUGCCCUUUUGUUGUGCUGAAUCAAGCCUCUGCACCAAAAGCGUUUUGCAGCGUUUUUGAGGAACGUCAUGGCGACAGGACUCGCCAGGUUUGGGGAGAAGCCCUUUGCUCAUGAAGCUGUCGAGCCAGAGAUUGCAAUAGUGUGUGCUGCGGACCGGCAGAAUGGGAACAAUUAUGAAAUGAGGAGAGUAGGAGCAGAGGAUGCCAUUGAUGCUCUGGUGCAGGGCCUGGAGGCUGCCGGGUUGAAGGUGGACCGAGUGAUGGGGAGGAAUGCGGAGCAGUUUCUCAAAGUGGGUGCCCCGCUGGAGGUGAUUGGAAGAGAGGCGGAGCGACUAAAGUUGACGAAGUUGACAAAUUUGGGAAUUGACACACAUUUCAGUUGGGAUCUGCGAGACUCUUUCGUCCCUCAGCCUGAUGGAGCUCUUUUCAGCCGGACGGAGCGUUACCAGUGCCUCGAGUCCAUCAUUGAAAGCAUUGAGGCCAAGACCAGUAGCCCCACCGUGCUGGCGCUCCCAGGCGGAAAGGGCCAUCUCGAGAUCACCCGGGGCACCAAAGCUGUCGCGGCGCUGCGCGAGAAGGGGGCAGUGACGGACAUCUUCCCUCUGCACAACGAGUCUCAACGGCAGGAGCUUGUCCGCCACUGGCCGUUCAACUUCUUGGGAGGCACCAAGCAGCCGCUGGACGAUAUCUACUCCUACUUCGGUCUCAAGGUCGCCAUGUAUUUUGCAUUCCUGGGGUACUACACAACGUGGCUCGUCUUCCCGGCAGUGGCGGGCGCGCUGCUUCACUUCGUCGAUCUCAGGUCGUGGAACAGCCUGGUUCCGCCCUUGUUUGCGAUGGUGGUCGUCAUGUGGGCGGUCGCCUUCCUGGCCUUCUGGAAGCGGUACAACACCGAGCUGCAGGCCAGAUGGGAGGUGAACAUCGAGCAAGACGAAGUGCACACGACGCAACCGUGGGACGAGCCGACGAACGAGCCAAGCCACGGAAUCGCGCAGCGUCCGGCGGUGGACGGCCCGAGCCGCGCUCUGCAGCGGGAGGAGUGGAAGGACCGGCUGCUGACAAUGAAGAACAACUUGGUGGCCGUGGGGGGUAUCUUCCUUCUGCAGGCCCCAUACGAGAUGCUGUUUGUGUACUGCUUCCACGCUCUCGGCGGCUCCCCGUUCAAGUACGUACUGCUAGGCGCCAACUCGGGGAUCGCAGGCCAGAUCACCAAGCUGGGCUCCAGCGUCGCGAUGCGCCUCAACAAGACGCAGACGUUCGUCAGCAAGGAGCAGGAGGCCGACGCGCUGGUCUAUAAGACGUUCGUCAUCUACUUCCUCCAGUCCUUCAUGGGCUUCUUCUACUACGCUUUCUACAUUCGAGACUUUUCCAUGCUGCGCUCGUACCUCUUCAGCCGCCUUUUCACGAACGCCAUCAUCCAGAACAUCACGGAGGUGGGCGUGCCGAUCUUUACCUUCUACAUGAGCGAGCGGAAGGCCCGACAGGAGGAGCAAGCCGAGAAAAGAGAGACCAAAGAGAAGGCCAGCCGCUCGUCCGCGUCCCGCGUCGAGCGGGAGUCCCACAUGCCGGCUUACGUGGCGAGCAUCGGCGGCGGCGCAUACGACGGCACUUUCGACGAUUUUCUGGAACUCGCGCUCCAGUUCGGCGUCGUUACCAUGUUUGCGGGGGCGUUCCCGCUCGUUGCGCUCUUUGCGCUGGUCAACAAUCUGGCGGAGAUCCGAAGCGACUCGUUCAAGCUGGCGUGCACCAUGCGGCGGCCGGUGCCGCACCGGGUCGCGUCGAUCGGCGCGUGGCUCAAUAUCUUCCAGUACUUGGGCGUCAUUGCGAUCGUCAGCAACUGUUUGCUCCUCGUCGUCAUCUACGACGAACAGAAGACGUGGCGGAUCGACCCGGGCCUGCUUGUCCUGCUCAUCGUGGAGCAUUUGCUGCUGCUCGCACGCAACUCCCUCGCCUGGUUCAUUCCUCCGGUGCCGGCUUGGGUGCAAGCAAAACGGGAAAGGCGGCGGCGCAUCCAACAAAGCUAUCUGCAUCAGUCUCUGUCGGGUCCAAAAGAUCAAGCCUACGAGAAGCUGCGUUUGGCUGGGGCUUAGGUCGGUGGUGGAAACUUGGAGAGUUGCAAGAGCUUGGUAUGUGAACACACAUGUAAGAUACAGAUAGGCUUGAUUCCGUUUAUGGUAUCCGAGGUUCCCAAUCUGCUCACUCAUGCUAGCCGGGAAUCCCGCGGUUUUAUCCGUAUUCAACUAACCAGCAGUCAAAGCAUUCCACGCGAUACGUGUCGGAUCAAUCGAGCACGCUCGAAUUAACCAGAUGUCUCCAACGAAGUGAGGUGAUGCCAUG